AUGAAGAUCUCAACUGUGACUCUUUUUGUUGUUUGCUGGAUAGCUGCUAUUGCACGAGCAUACAUUCGACUUCAGGUUCAGAAGCAGUUUUCAUGGGACGAUUUAUUUCUCGCCAUAGCGUUCUGCUGUCUAUCAAUAGCCCUGGCUGUCUUCUACACUGUCGCAAUUGACAAAAUGUACCUCACACUGGCAGUUCAGUAUGGUGAGACUGCUGGAAUAUCGCUUCCGCAAGACAUCAUACAGAUAACAUUCGACUAUCAGAAAUGGAUACAAGUAACGACAGUUAUGCUCUGGCUUGCAAUCAUGUCAGUGAAAUUUAGCUUUUUGGCUCUAUUCAAAAACCUGGUUAAGGGAAUUCUGCCGUUGAGCAGGUACUGGUGGGUAGUGACCAUUCUAAAUAUUGGCAUUCUGGGAUAUGGGUCUGUGGUUACGCAUAUUUCCUGCCCAUAUUAUUAUACACUCAAAAAUUGUGAGCAUAAGCAGUUUAAAAUUUCCAGAAUUAAUCGUUGUGCUAAUCUUCGCUCUAGCUAUAUGUUUGACCCCGUCUGGCCAGAGACGAGUGUCAGCAUUUCUUUUCAUACACCUAGCAUUGGACCUGUUGGGCGACGUUUUGAAAAGUUCAUGGUGUCGUUAGUUCUCUUUAUACCAGUCCACUUGAUCUGGACAGUACGGGUGAGACGGAUGCAAAAGCUAGGCCUGACUUUAUCACUCUGCCUCACGAUACUAAUGAGUAUUGUGACCAUCAUCCGGGGAGCGGGAGUCUACUACAAGGGACUCGUCGAUACCAACUGGGAGACAUAUUGGGUAAUAAUAUGUGCAGAGAUUGGUAUCUGCCUUGCUGCAGCCACAUGUUUCCGCUCAUUUUUCAUUGCACGGAAAGAAUAUAGAGCCAUAUCCGUACAGAAGCCUUCUAAAUACCGAUGGGAAGAUCGCUGGUACCGCAUGGGCGCUGGCCUAUUCAAAGGACGAGUUGUUGUUGAUGAAAUUCCGAGGAGCCUGAGCCGGCAGGCGACUGGGCUGCCACAAUUGAAAGUUCAAACGACUACAUCACAACCAAUAGGGAUAACCGCGCUACCUCGUCUUCCAAGUCCUCAAGUUUCGGCCUUCUCGCAGCCUACGACUUCUCCGCAAAGCAGUGUAUUUAUCUUUGACUAG